UCGCCGUGCAGGCCGCGGCGGGCGGGCUCCGGAUCGGGUCGGUGGCUGGGGCUAGUCGCUGCCAUGGGAGAGGGUCGCGGCCCCCGGGAGGCGCCUCCCGCGCGUGCCUGGCGCUUGUUGCGCCCUGCGUUCCUCGAGAGCCAGCGGGUGCAGGUCGGGCCCAGUUCAUGGUUCUCCAGAAUGACAGCUCCCAAGAUUGACGUAGACCAGGUAGUUGGACCAACAACCGUUAAGACUGUCGGAGAAGCCCAGCUCUGGGUCCAUCGUUAUAAGCUGUGAACAGGAUGUGACAUGGGCUGACCCACAAGCCCUGCCUCCCAGCCCCCAGCCUGCCUGCUAGGAUGUUCCUCAUGAACGCCCCUCCAGUGGUGGCGCUCCAGUCCAGAUGGGAGGCCUUCGGCCAGCCCAGGAGCUUCUGCUUUCCUGACUGCUUCUCCGAGUCUAAAGAGGACACCUCCAGGGCCUCAGUGAGCGCCAGGGUACAGAUGCUCAUCAGCACACUGCAGAGAGACGAGGCUGCCCUGGGCAUGAGCCAUGAGCGUGUCACACAGAGAGGACAACGUGCAGAAAGGUGCCGGGACACCAGACUGGCCCCCAAACCUGCUGUGUGCAGAGAGCAGCCAGAGCUCCCUGCCUGUGGUCUUGUUGCAGACUGUAAACCCCUAGAGAAAGAUGAAGCUGGGAAGCAGGGCCCCUUGGAGCUGGAUUCUGACAGCGAUGACUCCGUGGACCGGGACAUCGAGGAGGCCAUCCAGGAGUACCUGAAGGCCAAGGGCGGGGCUUCUGAGCCUGUGUCCCGAGCAGCCUCUUGUGUACCAGAGCCUUCCCACAGCUGCACCCUACCCAUCCCGUGUCCCCCACAACUCACUCCUGACUCAGGUAGUGUUCCUGUGGGAGCCAGUGAGGACCCGGGCUCCACCUCCCCAGCUAGCAUGAGCAGCGAGGAUUCCUUUGAACAGAGCAUCCAAGCUGAGAUAGAACAGUUUUUUAAUGAGAAAAGACAGCAUGAAAACCCAAAGUGUGAUGGGUCUGUGGAUAAAAAAUCAGAUCCAAACGAAAGCCCUGCCAGACUUAGAGGGAACCGAGAGACCACAUCCAGGGCAGCUCUGAUAGGAACCUGUAAGGAGUUCAUCUUCCGCAAACCUCCCAGGUUAACAAAGAUGAGCGUGCAGCCCAGAAACUUCCGGCCGAAGGUCACCGCAGAGCCUGAGACCCUGGUGAGCACAAAGCUGACUGCCCACAGACCAGAGGCUCCCCAGAACAGGGGCGGGGUGAAAAGGAGCAUGCCUGCCAGGCGAAGCAAGCGCAUCAGAAACUUGGCCCCAGUGCACCAGGCGUCUGACUCCAGCAGUGACGAUGGCAUUGAGGAGGCCAUCCAGCUGUACCAGCUAGAGAAAACCAGGAACGAGGCCAGUGGGGACCCACCUCCGAGAACCCAGCUCAAAGAGGACAGCCCUGGCCGUGCUCAGCCAAGUGCCUUGCCUGAAGCCCACAGGAGGGCCCCAAGCAAGAAAAAGCUAGCAGCCCCAAAGGUUACGGACACCACUCUGGGGGGGCUCCACCCUGACCCCCUCUCGAAGCUCCUAAAGGAUUCGAGAGCCUCUGGACCUCCAGGACACACAGCUGCCAAGAGCGAAGCUGGGCACCAGGCUUCAUCGUGCCUCGCGGACACGUCCACCGAGCUGAUGUGCGCAGAAGCCAUCCUGGACAUUUCCAAGACCAUCCUGCCAGCCCCGGUGGAAGGCAGUGACAGGCCUCCAUCCGUGAACCCACUCUUCUGUUCCCCAUCGGUACCUCCCCGCUCUGAAGGUGACAGCAGCAACAUUGACAGUGAUGACAGCAUAGAGCAGGAGAUCCGGACAUUUUUGGCCCUCAAGGCACAAGUAGGGAGUCUGCAGCCUGCCCAGGGCCCGCUGUCCCCACCCGGCCCCGGUGGCCAGACCGGCAUCCCCAAGUCAUCUCUUACUAAAACACCGGAUCUUCCCCAGGGCUGCAAACGGAAGCGGAGAGGUGGCGGCAGCACUACAGUGCCCAAGAAAAUAAGGGAGGGUAGAGAGAGUGCCCAGGACAGUGACCACAUCCAGGGGAAGGGGAAGCCCGGCCAUGAUGGUUGGGACCCUCCCAGCCAGAGCAAAGUCACAGAGGCCCCAGGAGGAGAGGCUGAGGCCAGGGACCAGCCUGUCCCUUCCAGGACAGCUGCACUCAGUGAUGCACAAGGCCACGGGGGUCUCGGGAAAGCAGGCGAGGGGAAGAGUGCGGGUGAGAAAGAGAGCUCUGAGGAUAAGAGCAGCUCUCUGGACAGCGAUGAGGACCUGGACAUGGCCAUCAAGGACCUGUUAAGAUCAAAGCGGAAGUUCAAGAGGAGGUGCCGAGACCCCCGGGCUGCGUGGAAGAAGGUCAGAUUCGGCACCGCAGAGACUCGGUGCGGAGAGAGGCUGAGCAGCCUCCCUGGGGACGGGAAGGACCACGGGCAGCAGGCCCUACGGAGCUGUCUGUCCAAGUGCAGAGGGGACAACAAAGAUGGCCUGGGAAGAGGCCCAGUCAGCAUCUUCAGCAGCGUGGCAGAGAGGGUGAGGCUGGGUGGCACAGCGGGGGAGGAUGCAGCCCCGGCCUUGCUUCCCAGGAAGAAGAGUCCAGAAGGGAUUCCUGCCUCUAAGGACGCCGGAGCCAGUGGCCGCCCUCCUUCUGCCCCCAGCCCUCCGUCUGAGGACAGCUCAGUGGACAGCGAUGACAGCAUCGAGCUGGAGAUCAGGCGGUUUUUGGCAGAAAAGGCCAAGGAGUCUGUACGCAGUUCAGAGCCUCAAGGGGGCCCUGCCAAGCCGGAGAUGCCCUGCAGGAAAGAGCCAGCCCCAGGGCUGCAGCCUGGAGUGUGCACCCGGAGCCAGAAAGCCAGGGCAACCCCUCAGCUGGCCGAAGGAAGGAGAGGCCCAGAGAGAGCUCGGACCCAGGCAGCCGGCCUCUUAAGCCAGACUGGGAAGGGCACCCCUCGGGCUGAGCAGGCCCCUCGCCUCCCGGCUGCCCUGGGCCGAAGCGAGCCAGCGCUGCCCAAGAACACCAGCAGGAACAAUCCUGCCAAAGUGUCUCCGCCAAGCAGGAAAAGUGCCGGUGUGCACAAGGACCAGAGCCCCCGGGGCGCGCACACUGCCAUGGCAGAAAGUGUCUUCGGUCAGCUGUCCAGUUGUGCCAAAGUGGGUGCUGAGGCGGGAAGUGCCGGGGGGGCCUUUCACCUGAACUAUGGCAGCCAGAACUUGCUGACCCCCAAUCCUGGACCCCAGGCUGACCUCACCCUCCCCUGGAAUGACUUUGCACACCAGAGCAGGCUGUCCAGCCCAUGGGCACUGAAUCCCGGACCAGGCACGCUGUGGACAGGGGUCUUCGGGGCUGAGAAAGAAAAGGGGGCCACAUCAGAGGCCGGGGGCCCAUCUGGCCUCUCCUCAGGCCCCAGGAAGGGCCUGCCCUUCCUCUCUACCCAGCUCUUCCACUUCGGGAAGAGUGUCUCCUGGGGGAGCAAACAGGCUGGCCUCUUCAGCCCCAGCCUGGGCCUGCCUCUGCAGGGUCCAGCCUUCUCGGCCUUCAGGGAGACCCCGCCUGGCCACAGCCCUGUGUUUGGAAGCUCACACUUGCUUAUGAAGGACAGUGGGCACUGGCCAAGCCGGAAGGCUCAGGGGGCCCUGAGACAGCACGACAGGAGAAAUUCUGGCUCUGAGGACAAUGUCCUAGACCUGAGGUAUCGACACAGGGUUGACAGGGAACACCAGGACCAGGAGGCCUUGGGCAGUGAUGCCAGCGAAUUCAGUGACACCUCUGUGGAGGACGGGGGCAGCAUGACAGUGAGCAGUAAAGGCCUCAAGUUGUGACAGGCAUGUCCUGACUCUCUUGUCAUAGCUGUGGAAAGUUCUGUGUGUGUUGGCAGUAUGGGGUGGAGGUAGGGGCUGCUGACCAUUAAAGAGCAAAAAGAAGGGUCCCUUCUGCGCAGCCCCCUGUAUAAAUAUGUACAGUAAUCUCAAAAUGACAUUUUUAUUUAAUGGAUGUGUCCUGGUACAUAUGGUUUUUGUAGGGUUUUUUGUAAAUUAUUUAAAGUAGUGUAAGAAAUACUUUUUGAAAAUGUCACUCGAUCUUGCAGGGUGUUCCUAGCUGCAAUUCUCUCUGGUCUCCAUGCAUGUGUGUAGAUGAGCAAACACUUGGUUCUCACCAUCCUGUGAGGGUCAGAGACAGAGGCUGGAUCUGUGGGCCAUUUGCUGGUACAAAUUUUCAGGCAGGCCUGGAGACGGCAGCAGCAGCUGUCUACCUCGGAAGUGUGUCAGGACGCCACUGGGACAAGGGUGCUUCCUGAAGACUCUAGCCCCUGGCCAGAGGCUGUCUCUGCUUCCUGUAGUUGUGGCCGGUAGCUAGAAAACACUUCAAAGCACAACAGCCAGCAGAUAGCUAGCCAGUCAUCCCCUGUCUAGUGUGGGAACCUGGCUGCUGGCUCUGCAGCUCAGCUGAGCCCAGAUCGUCCAGUAUCCAGUUGCUGGGACAUUCUAGCAUCCCUAUAAACCUCUUUAUACUGAGAGAGCAACUGGUUUGCUUUUAUUUGUGGCUCUAAAAGGUGAUUCCAGAUGUUUGUUUUGACUGUCCUGUUCUUGAUGUAUGUAUGGGUGAAGAGUGAGGCCAUGAGAUGGUUUGGUCCCUGAACACCUUAGUCACCUGUGAUGGAGAACCCCAGCCCUAGAAACAGUGGAGACAAACCCUCCCCACACCAGCCCUGUAGGACUCAAAGCCCAGUUGUAUGUGACCAACGAUGACACCAGCAGCCUGCAUGGCUUUUCUGCAAACCCUGCUUCUACACAGGAGAAAGAAGGGCCUGGCCAGUGCUGAGGCCAGGCUGCAGGCAGCAGCGUUGGGUCCUGGGAAGUUAGCCAGAGUGAUGACUGCCUUGGUGCUGAGGUGCCAGUGGCAACUUGGGGCUGAAGAUGUGCUGGACCCCAGAUGUGAGGGUUACAUCUGUGUUGCGAUUAUCUCCCUGUCACCCGAGUCAUGCAGCUCAGUGUACUAGGUUGCUGUGGCUCUACAUUGUGGCUGGAUUCUGUUGGUGUUCUAACGUGGAAGUGAUUUUUCUAUUUUAUGCACCAAUUCACUUCUGUGCCCAGAUGCUGACACAUACUCCCACCAUCCUCCGUGUCUGCCAUGUUGGAGCUGUGAUGCGCACAGGGCUGUGGUCCUGUCUUGCCCCUGAACCGUCUGUGUAUAAUAAAUUCCAUGUGCAUAUUA